AUGAUAAUUAAUGCAAUUAAAUGAGAAAAUGACAUUUAUUUUCGCGACAUGGUAAUGUCUUUACAUUAUUACAUUUUUUUUUGUAUUUAUUAAAAUCACCGCUUAUUUAUACUGCAAGUACAGAUGCACCUGUUGACGAUAGCCAUUGCCUUUAUGCUGUCGUUGCCUUUCCAGAAAGGAAACUGUCAUGGGGAACAUGUAGCUGUACAGACAAACAAAACGCAUGGUCAACUUUGUACUUUCUGGCCACGUGAGAAUAAGGGGGAAUAUGAAGAAUUAACAACCGGUUCCGCGGGUUAUAUGUGGAUAAUUCGUUAUUGCCAGCCAGAGUCGUUUUACAAUGUGCAUGCAUGUAAAUGUAUUGAGUGUAAGCCUGAGCUGUGGAUAAACUUUGAUGGUCAAGGCAUACGUGAUUCAAGCGGAAACAAUAUUACAAUUGACAAAAUUGGAGAGCUGUUAAAUCUUGGAUAUUUCGACGGAAAUAAAACACUCAAUGUUUCAUAUUAUGCUACUCAAGAUUUUGGACAGAAAUCAACAGUAAGAGUUCAAUUCUAUUCAACCGGAAAUACUUCUGGUGAGCAGGUUUUGAUAUCAAACUGUAUUGAAGGACAAGCAGGUUCUGUGGAGAUUGCACUGGACAAACAAAGCAAAGAAAUUAUUUUCAAGAUAGAAGCAAAAACUGACAAUGUUUCUAACUUUGUAGAAAUUCGACAACCAUAUAAAGAAAUGACGUGGACUAACGUAAUAAUGCGAUAUAACGGAACCGCGCUGACGGCUCAUGUCGAUGGAAUUCCAGAUGUUACUGUUGAACUUACAGGUAUUUUUUUCCUAAAUAAGCAUUGA